AUGGUCAAACCAUCUCCAGUCGCAGUCUCUGGAGAGCCUGGUGGGUCUCUGCCAACUACAGAGGACCCCCAUUCUUUAGAUGGCUCUACAACAAAGGUUUCCCAAUCUACCUGGCAAUCCACAGUGAAAUACCUCAAGACAGAAAUCACCCUCGAACAUGCCGAUAUCCCCAUAAUUGCCUGCUGUGUGGUGUCGGGGCUAUGCGACUCCAGUGCCUACAAUGCUUGGAGCUGCUUUGUUUCCAUGCAAACCGGUAACACAAUCUUCCUCGCCUUGGGAGCAUCUGGUCAACCAAUUACACAUCCCUACGGCUGGGUGAAAUCCAUGAUCUCGAUAAUCUUCUUCCUCUGCGGAUGUCUCUUCUUCGCCCAAACUCGACUAUUCAAUCCAAAGUCUCGAGGAACACUUGCGGUCUCUUUCUUCCUGCAAAGCGCGUGCAUCAUAGUCGCCGCGGCGCUUGUUCAAGCAAAUGUUGUUCCCUCGCCUAAAGGCGUCGUCGUGGAAGGCGGAGAUGAUGUCGAUUUCCUUGAGUUGAUUCCGCUAGCAUUUCUGGCAUUUCAAUCUGGGGGGCAGAUUGUGACUUCGAGAUUGCUUGGGUUCAACGAGGUCCCUACAACGGUCUUAACAAGCGUCUACUGCGAUUUAUCAAGCGAUCCAAAAGUUCUAGCCAAGGACAAUAUUAAGAGAAAUCGGAGGGUUUGUGCGGUGUUGGGGAUAUUAAUUGGUGGAAUCGCAGGCGGUUGGAUCAGUAGGAGUGCUGCAACACUAUCCACGAGCUUCUGGCUUGCCGCUGCGAUCAAGAUGGGAAUAGCGAUCGGGUGGUCCGUCUGGAAGCCAAAGUCCUCUAUAUAG